AUGCCAGAAACCCAGCAACACCUGCUACUCGAACAAGCCCUUAUUGCUGUCCCUUAUCUUGAUGAGAUUCAGAGACUCUCUAGGAUUCUUGAGACGCAAACGGGUAUGGCAAUCAUUUUUGACGACUAUGUCACACUGGUGGAAUCUGCAGCCCAAAGUUACGACACUCGGCAAGUCUCCAAGCCUAACCCUAAAAAUAAUCCUAGUAGAGAUGUCUGCUUUACUGGUGUUGCUUCCGGCUUAGACGAUGACAACCUCAAUAUCGAAUUUAACAUUGAUACUGAUAUUGGGGAGUACCAAGCUUACAGAUCAUCCUUCACUCCUGGCCACCGCCCCAGCCUUCCACAGGCCCAAUGGAGUCAAUUGGAUGAUGAGGCUGAUUGCCAUUGGCAACAGCCAAAGGCUGUUAUUCUUGGAGCAUCUUCCGAUCCCGCACAACCGCCACCACCACCACCCCCACCUCUGCCACCACGCUGUUUGGUCAAUCUUCAUGACAUCUCGGCUGCUGCACUCCUCGACCACUUCCAGGAUGCAAGCAUGGGGAGUGCUUCUGGUGCUCUUCCUCCUGAAGUGGUUGAUAACGCCAGAGACAGCAUCUUAGCGCAUGUGACUGAACGUCAAUCCCUCAAACCUGGAGGAGCAAACGGUGAAAUUGCUGGUGAUGAUGUGAUCAUCUUGUCUCAAACAAAUCGUUCUGUAGAGGUUCGAGCCAUAGAUGAUCAUCAACUAACGGAUGUGUCCAUCAAAACCCUACCACACAUUGUCUUAACCUCUGACAAGAAUUGGGAUCCUGGUGUUCUAGAUUCCAGGGUGGAUGAAUUCGAUACCAGACAUGACGAUGGAUUGGAAGAUCUAGAUCCCAAAGUGGACGACUUUGACAAAUGGACCGACUGUAUUACUGGCGAUGGAUUGGAAGGAGCUAAGAGCCGUUUCGAUCAAGUAGAUAUCCUCAAGAGAAAUAAAACUAAAACAACCUCAAAGGAUUCUAUUUUUGAUGAAGCCAUACACUUCUUUGAAACUUUUCAGUAUGCAUCACCAUUUGAUGAACCGUACAAGGAUUCUGAACGUACAGAUACUGGAACAGAUUGUCCAGAUACUGGACCGGACUAUUUUGACCGCAACAUGGUAGAGUCAUCCUGUCCAGAUCCAUACUACAUUGAUCCUCCCAUCUUUGUCAUGCUUGAAGUCAAUAAAUCAUGCAGGCACCCAAGUCUUCUACUUGUUACUGAUGCCUCUAUCAAGUUUGAUGUUGAGGUGGGACCAUUGUUCACCAACGAAUCUUCUCAAGAGUUGACACACGAUUUGCCAACUAGACCCCCAAAACCAAAGGACACGUUCACUAUUGACGUACCUUCCAAACCUCAAUGCAACACAAGUCGCAAGGUUCGUUUUGGUCAUGGUAAUCGGCCCGGCAAUGGGGAGCAACCAGGCACUGGACCUCCACGAAGAAACAAGCAAGAGCACAAGACUUUGCCACUAGCUGAUACUAUGGUGUACAAGAACCCAAGCUCAGCAGUGAAGUCUUGUGAACGCAACUGGGAGCAACUACGUCGAUAUUUUUUGUGGUUACCUAAGCAUUCUUUUCACUGUACUACUACUUAUCUAGCUAGAUCUCCCACAAACGACCACCAUGAACACAAAUAUCAUCCUCUGUCUCCACUUCCAGAGCCGAUCAGUUGCAUGGUCGUCUUGGUAGGCAUCGCCAAGCAUGAUUGUCACAACAUGACCAACAUAUUUCUGUUUCUCGAAACAAACAACGUCUUGUUACCUUCCGACAUCUGCUCUGCUCUACCACCUACCGGACUACACAAACGUCUUGUUCUACCUGAUGGGGAGGAGUUAGCGCUCCCUACAAUAACCAACUCAAUUGAUCUAUCUGAUGGGGAGGAGUUGACACCCCCUACAAAAAUCAAAUCUAGAGACCAUAAGUCCCUCAAGACCAUUGUUCAUUCUAGUGAUGAUGAAUCAGAUAUAGAAGACGUUCUUUUAGAAGAAAAGGAUCUCAUUGGACGGACUUUCCUUCUCUCACCAGAUGAUGAAGGUUAUGUUCAACGUGCUAAGAUUGUUGAGCUUAAUUACAAGCACAAUCGCAACACAGACAUUCAGCCUGCACGCAUUCAACUAUGCUUGAACAUUGAUAAAGGCGAAUAUGAACAUGUUAUGGCUUACCAUGAGAUCCACAAGUGGUCAGAAACUGACAAGGACAACCCCAUAGAUACAAAGCUGAAGCAAGUUGUAUGCCACCAUCACUACAUUUGA